CUGUGUAGCCGCCGCGCUAUCCCGAGCCUUCCUCCCGAGAGCUGCCCCGCUCGUGGCAUUUGAGUGUGGGGACGGAGGGCAGGAAGGAGGCUGCGGCCGCCACCACUUGCUUGUAGCUGACUGACUGACUGGACUCUUGCGUCUCUCUGGAGUAGCCGGAGGAGAUUCAGCAGCGCCGGUCCCUCAAGAAACCCCCUCGCAGCAGGUUCCCCAGCCCGAGCGGGGAGGGUGUCUUUGGCAGCCCAGCGCCACCGCCGCCGGGGAGAGGGUGAAGAGUUGGUGCCGCCGCUGAAUUUUUAAUGGAAAAAUGGCGUUCUCCGCUCAGACCUGCGGCGCAUCUUGCAUCGUCCCGGCUCUGUGCAGCCAAAUAAUCCUGUGCCUCGUCCUCUCGGCUCCCGCCGCGGAUGGCUACAGCUUCCCCCAGCAGUACACAAUGCAGUAUUGGGCCAGAAGACUGGAGCAAGAGAUUGAUGGCGUGAUGAGGAUAUUUGGUGGUGUUGAUCAGCUGAAACGGAUCUACGAUGAAAAAAAGAGCCUGUUUGAUGUAAGAGAGAAUGUCCCAGAGAAAAUAGUGGAAAAGGUGGCAGAGGACAUUGAGAGUCUGUUGGCCAAGAAAGUCCAGGCAUUGAAGAGAUUGGCUGAUGCAGCUGAGAAAUUUCAGAAAGCCCAUCGUUGGCAAGACAACAUCAAGGAGGACGAUAUUGAAUACUAUGAUUCCAAGGCUGACACAGAAUAUGAAGAUCCAGAUGGAGAAGAAAUUGAAAAAGAAAAGUCCAACUCCCUGAAACUGGAGUUCACAGAAGAUGCCAACUUCAAAACGAAGGUUAACUACUCUUACGCAGCUGUGCAGAUACCUACAGACAUCUACAAAGGCUCCACAGUAAUCCUUAAUGAACUUAACUGGACUGACGCCUUGGAGGAUGUAUUUGUUGAAAACCGAAAAGAAGAUCCAUCUCUGCUAUGGCAAGUCUUUGGGAGUGCCACAGGCGUGACUCGCUUCUACCCAGCCACUCCUUGGAGGAUGCCCAAUAAGAUUGACCUGUACGAUGUCCGACGAAGACCUUGGUACAUUCAAGGCGCCUCAUCCCCAAAGGACAUGGUGAUCAUCGUGGAUGUGAGUGGCAGCGUUAGUGGCCUGACACUGAAACUGAUGAAGACAUCAGUCCAUGACAUGCUCAACACUCUUUCAGAUGACGACUAUGUCAAUGUGGCUUCCUUCAACCAAAAUGCACAGCCUGUAUCUUGCUUCAAGCAUUUAGUCCAGGCAAAUAUUCGCAACAAGAAGGUCUUUAAAGAAAAGGUGGAUUUAAUGGAGGCCCAAGGAACCACGGACUACAAGGCUGGCUUUGAAUAUGCCUUUGAACAGUUGCAAAAUUCCAACAUCACAAGAGCCAAUUGCAAUAAGAUGAUCAUGAUGUUCACUGACGGAGGAGAAGAUCGAGUGCAAGAUGUGUUUGAGAAGUACAACUGGCCUAACAAGACAGUGCGAGUGUUCACCUUUUCUGUUGGACAGCAUAACUAUGAUGUCACUCCUCUGCAGUGGAUGGCGUGUGCCAACAAAGGAUAUUAUUUUGAAAUUCCCUCCAUUGGGGCCAUCCGAAUCAACACACAGGAAUAUCUGGAUGUUCUAGGAAGACCUAUGGUCUUGGCAGGGAACAAAGCAAAACAGGUUCAAUGGACCAAUGUCUAUCGGGAUGCUUUGGGUCUGGGCUUGGUCAUAACAGGCACUCUGCCAGUGUUCAACCUCACUGAAGAUGGCAGCAGUGAAAGGAAGAACCAGCUCAUCCUCGGUGUUGUGGGGAUUGACGUGACUCUGAAUGACAUCAAGAAGCUGACGCAGCGAUACAAUUUAGGGGCCAACGGCUAUAUAUUUGCUAUUGAUCUGAAUGGAUAUCUAUUGCUACACCCAAAUCUGAGACCUCAGGAGGCGGGAGAAUUCCAGGAACCUGUGACCCUGGACUUCCUUGAUGCUGAACUAGAGGACGAGAACAAAGAGGAGAUCCGGAGAAGCAUGAUAGAUGGAUUUAAGGAUCAGCGAUACAUCAAGACUCUGGUCAAAUCUCAAGACGAGAGAUACAUAGAUAAAGUCUACAGGACCUAUACCUGGGCUCCUAUCAAAAGCACAAACUAUAGCCUUGGUUUGGUCUUGCCACACUACAACACGUAUUACAUCCAAGCUAUCCUCAAUGACCAGAUUCUCCAGGUGAAGUAUUUUGAAUACCUGCUGCCAAACAGCUUUGAGUCCGAGGGACAUGUAUUCAUUGCUCCAAGAGAAUAUUGCAAAGACCUCAGCCAGUCGGACAACAACACUGAAUUCCUGGAAAACUUUAUCGCCCUCAUGGAAAAGGUGACGCCUGACUCCAAGCAAUGUGAUAACUUCCUCCUUCACAACCUCAUCCUGGACACAGGAAUCACGCAACAGCUGGUGGAAAGAGUGUGGAAGGACCAAGAUCUUAACACGUAUAGCCUCUUAGCUGUGUUUGUUGCCACAGAUGGUGGUAUCACCCGCGUCUUCCCUAACAAAGCUGCUGAAGACUGGGAAGAAGACCGGGAGCCCUUCAACGCCAGCUUCUAUCGGAGAAGCCUAGAUAACAAAGGCCACAUCUUUAAGACCCCUUACAGGGAUUUCAACUACCGAGGGCUGGAACUGGAAAACAACACAGUUGGGAUCCUUGUCAGCACAGCAGUUGAGCUCAACUUUGGUGAGAGGCACCUGAAACCAGCAGUGGUUGGAGUGAAACUUGACCUGGAGGCAUGGGCGGAAAAAUUUAAAGUCCUUGCAAGUAACCGAACAGAAAGGGAUCAGCUGGGGACACGAAGAUGUGACCCCUCCACAGGCUGCGAGAUGGACUGUGAGGCUAAUUACAAGGACCUCCUUUGUGUUCUCAUCGAUGAUGGGGGUUUUCUGGUACUUUCCAACCAGGAGGAUUACUGGUUCCAGGUAGGGAAGUUCUUCAGUGAGGUGGAUGCUCACUUGAUGUCUGCUCUCUACAACAACUCGUUCUUCACACGGAAAGAAUCCUACGACUUCCAGUCAGUCUGCGCUCCAGAACCUCCCAGCAAUACGGGAGGCGGUCCGCGUGGGGUGUACGUGCCAACAAUGGCAGAUUUCCUGAACCUGGCCUGGUGGACUUCAGCAGCUGCAUGGUCUCUGUUUCAGCAGUUCUUGUAUGGACUAACCUACGAUAGCUGGUUUCAAACAGAGGAUGUCUCAGCUGACAGCAUGGAAUCCAAGGAGACCAGCUGCAUCAUGAAGCAGACCCAAUACUAUUUUAGCACAGUUGACUACACCUACAACACCAUCAUUGACUGUGGGAAUUGCUCCAGGCUAUUCCAUGCACAAAGGCUUGCUCGCACCAACCUUCUGUUUGUUGUAGCAGAAAAGCCAAUAUGCAGCCAGUGUGAGUCCACCAAGCUUCUCCAAGCGGAGAUAAAGGCUCCACCGGGAGAUCCCAAUCAGUGUGAACUAGUAGACAAGCCACGGUAUCGAAAAGGUCCCCACAUCUGUUUUGACUACAAUGCAACGGAAGAUACCUCAGACUGUGGAAGAGGGGCCUCCUUUAGACCUUCUUUGAGUAUCUUGUUAUCUCUGCAGCUCCUCCUUCUCUAUUUGACUGCCAGUCGCCAUCCGCUGCCCUUGGUGUCUUGCCUUUGAAACAUCCAUUUAGUCUAGCCCAUUCAUUUUUGCUUUGUGCACCAUCUCCAUUCCCUCCAGACUUGCCAGAAGAGGGCAGCUGCCUAGUCCCAUCAACUCUGGUUACACCUUGGCACUCACUCAUGAGGACCUUCUCUUUCGUCAUUCAGAAGUCCAGAAGCUAUUCUCAUUGUUUGUUUCUUGUUUCCUGUCAUCUUCUCCUUGCCCUUCCAGUGUCUCUGCACAGCAGGUUGUGCAAACAGAGCUCUGAGCAAGACUUUGGGAAGCACCAACCAUUGCGACUUUCUCCACACAGUGAACAUCCUUGAGCUUUGAUUCAUUGCUCCCCUUUCCACCCAUUGAGCUGUGGCCAAAUAACAAAGAACAGAGGCCUCGUAAGUUUUUCCCCCCAUUGAAUCCAUGGAAUUCUGGGAAGACCUUUGCCAGUUUUCAUCAGGAUAUGUCUUGACAUUUUAUUGUCUUAAAAGUAUUUAAUCAACAAUGCUGACAAAUUGCUAUUCUGUUUGAAACAAUUUACGUUCCCAUCCCAAUCAUGCAAACAGCAGCAACAACAAAAUUAUUCAAUAGAACAGGAAAAAAUGGUAUAUUCUUGCCAAAUUGGUUCUGUAGUCUAGUUAACUUUUCAGCCAAUUUAAAUGGCUUAUUAAACUCAAAAGUAAUCCUAGGAUGUCACCACGGCAUCUCCAUCCCACCCAGCCCGCUCUGUGUUUUCCAAGGCCAUCGCUGCUGAAUCUCUCAUUAGUUAGAUCCCAUCUCAAAUCAAUUUUUAAAUUAUUAUUUUUAGCCUGAGGAUUUUAAUCUAGACCUUUUUACAUCUAAUUUCCAAGCAUUUUAUCCUGACAAAUUAUAGUGUUUGUUGUCAGCAACAAAGACACAGAAGAGAAAAAAAGAAAUUGACUUGAAUUUUAUGGUCAGUAUUAUUUAUUUAAACUAACUCGCACCAUACUGAGAGGACUUGGAGAACAAGCAGGGGAGAAGGAAGUGUGUAAAGAUCCUUAGGCAUACUAGUAACCCAUGCAUGGUUGGAGGGCACAGUGGCUCUCGCUGUCUUUAGCAAAAUGAAUAGAAAGACAGAGUAUUUCUAGUGGGCAAGAAACAUAGCCAAAACCCAGCAGUCCCUGGCUUAAUUUUUCCCUUGCCAAGCCUGUUCCCUGCGGAGCCCAGAAAUGUUUAAGUCCAUCAAGAAAACAAGAUGAUCUCUUCUGCUUCCCCAAAUCACUGUGAAGACUUCAUUUUGGGAUUUUUGCAGCGUUCUACCCUUGAGGUGGACAAAGGGUGGAGUUGGCCAAGACAAAGGUGACCUUCUUCCCAGUCCCUUUUCUUCUAAAGGAAAUUGUACACCAUGAUUGGCAGCAACAAUGUGUGCCAAACCAAGGUGAUAGCUAAAGGUUUUCUUCCUGGACUUUGUGCAGAAACCUGACUGCACCUUUAGAGUGCCCUCCAUCCAUCCAGUAUUGGAAUCACAGUGGUGGCCAAUGGGCCACAAGUAGGGCUCUAAAAGCAGAUGUUUUGCAGACAGCUAAUUGUCUCCAGUGUCCAUGCGGAGAAAGGUGAAAGAACUCUGCAUCGUAGUGAAGGUCAUGAUGACACCUGCCAUUUACCUCAAACUCACAGAACACUUCAGAUGACUUUGCAGGUACAUAUUUCAUGGCUGGGAGGAUUAUUACUGAGAACAGCCACAUAUACUGUUGGAAGUUUGAAAACAAGAGUAAAACUUGAGUUCAUCACCCAGUCGCCGCAAAAGCUGCUUGCUGUUUGAGGGCAGGCUAUCUGAUUUUGUGCCUGUUAUUUCUGCACAUACAGUGAUACACAUACCUUGCCACUUAAUGAAAACAGCAAGGCUUUUUCAGUCCCCAGAGAACUCAAAGAUUUCUUUCUCUUCAGCCAAAUAUCCCCCCCCCCCAUGCAUUGCUUCUGUACUCAGAGUAGCCAGCAAAGUGGGAAGGAUCCUGUCUUGUUUCUGCUGUGUGUGAUGUCAGAGCCACAAUCACAUCUGGGCAAUGUGAAGAGCAGCAGCACUAUGCAACAGUGUAAUGCAACCCCAUCAGUAGGAAGUGGUUAAGUGCGCUGUCAAUAACUCUGAUGGUGUUUCCUUGCAGCACAAUGUGAUGUGAUAGGAGGAUGAAAUGUCGUGCAUAUCUUGGUGCACCUCAUUUUGACUUCACAUGUUCAUUUUCUCAGCCAAAAUUCUUUCCAGUGAAUCCAAAUCCUGGCAUAAAACCUAUUGUGAGUAAUUACAAUGUUGUGAAUUCCAUUUGCCUUCUUAGAAGGAACUCUAGAAAGCAAAUAACGGUGCUUGAACCUGUAAGUUUCUAGGCAAAGCAAGCUUGCUCAACAAUGUGUGUGAAUGGGAACUUUCUGUAACCCUGGUUUGGUGCUUCAGUUCUAAGCCAAAAUUUUAGGGAAUGUCUCUUGGAAAGAAUGUGGCAUGCCAAACUCCUAUGCUGGUUACAUCACAAUUUAUUGUGCAGAUUCUGGUGGCCCCACUGUCAAGGUGUUUCAUUGCAAGGCAAAUGGCAGGAACCCCCUUAAAACCUGAUUCGUCUUGGGAGGUUUUGAUUCACCCAAACAGUCCCAAAGAACAUGCUGCAAUACACUACAGGUGUAUCUUCAGAGAACGCUGAAAAUGGAUUUUUGCGCUCCUGAUCUGGUAUGGUUUGAAUGGGGGUAAAAAAACAGAUCACUGCUGUCAUGUGCAAAGUAGUAGUACAAUGUAAAUACAUGAAAGAGGGAACUAUUUGUUGUAGAAAAAAAUCAUUUGAGAGAUCUGGAAGCAAACCUUUAGCACACACACUGAGGUGCAGUUGCUUUCUUUCUAGUGAUCCUUGUUCUCGAGAUCAGAAAUAGUUUCUUAACCUUUCAAAAACUAGCUCUGUCCCAAAUCCACUGUCUAUAUACCCCCUCCCCCGCUCUGCACCAAAUGCCCUAUAUUCCAAAUCACCAAUACUGUCUGAAAGGACCUUUUCCUCCAAGUCUCCCACUGUUCUUCCCCAAGCUGACUUAUAUACACAAUGAUACCACUGGUGCUAAGGUUAAGAGUUUUGCUUCAUUGGCCUUGUGUAGAUUUCUAGAGAAGCAAACUGGGAAGUUACAAAUAGCUCCAACUCUACCAGACACACAGUAGAGAGAGACAGAACCAUUACUCCUUGAGUAGACUUCCAGUAAUAAUCAAGUGUACUUGUUGUGGGUACAGUCCCAGUAUCUUGCAAGUCUCUUCUGGGCAGAGACUGCCAAAUUGUGCCAAAUUGUGUGAUUGUUUUUUGUGAUGUGAGCAACUGUCUAUAGUGUGCUUGGCUGAAAUCCCCCAGGUUCAUUCCCACUUUGGUCCGACUAAAAGCAUAGUCUUUCCCGAUGCCACUUUGUCUGUGACUCUGUUUGGCUAGUGCUCUGGAGCCACCAUAUGUUCCUAGGGUGUACUUCAUUAGUAAGAGAGAUUCAGGGAUGGAGAAAGCUGGAGCAUAGAUUGGGAAAUGGCAGUGCCUGUCAGCUAAAUGAGAGGUGGUUUCAUAAAAAGGGCCUUGCUCCACUUUGGAGCGCUUUUGACCACAGACAGUAUGGCUACCACUUCUCGGUUGGUUGCUAUCUCACAGUCACUCAAUACCUGGUUUACUAUCCACUGGGAUCAAAUCAAGGUCUUUGUAUUGUGUUUGAACUGUGACUGAUCCCCUUAGAGAGGUGUUUUUCAAACUUGUACAUGGCUAACCUGCCUCAUUACAAAUUUUCUAGGCAUAUUCCACCGUUCAUUUAUAUCAGCAGCAGUGCUGGGAAGGUUAGUGUUAUGGCCAGAACAGCCUAUAAUGGAAAUAAAGAAAUAAUAAUAGCAACAGCUAAAUGUUUUGCAUCCAUAAUUCGUACAGCUAUAGCUUAAAAUUGCCAUCACUCCUCCCCUGGCGUGUACCUGUUUCCAGCCACUUUGCUGCAAAAAGGCAUACAUACCACUGAUUUGAUCACAAAUUCAGUUCUCGGGCCUGCCCCUUCCCCACCUUCAGGUUGGAUAUCCACUUUUUAAAAUAUAUAUAUUUUAAAGCAUAUGCAUCUUUCUGCAGUUAACCCCCCCCCUUUUUUUAAAAAAAUUUA